CCGCCAUGGAGAUCCUGAAGAGGGAGAUCAGCCGCAAGCGGCAGCAGCUGGAGGAGAAGGAGCUCGUGGGGCCAUCUCUGUGAGAGGAUGUAGCUGAAUUCUCCAAACCAAGGAAAUAAGAAGUAUUUCAAACGCAGUGAGUUAGCUAAAAAAGAGGAGGAGGCCUACUUCCAGAGAUGUGGCUACAAGCCUGUAAAUGAGAAGCCACCUGGAGAGGUACAGCAGCAAGAGGAGGAGGAGAAACCAAUGACUUCAUCAAAUCCAGUGCUGGAGCUUGAACUGGCAGAAGAAAAGUUACCAAUGACUCUUUCCAGACAGGAGGUUAUCAGGAGGUUACGAGAGAGGGGUGAGCCCAUCAGGCUGUUUGGAGAAACAGAUUAUGAUGCAUUUCAACGUCUGAGGAAGAUAGAAAUUCUGGCACCUGAAGUGAACAAGGGCCUGAGAAAUGACCUGAAGGCAGCUUUAGAUAAGAUUGACCAGCAGUAUCUGAAUGAAAUUGUAGGAGGCCAAGAAGCAGGAGAUGAUGACUCACAGAAUGACCUGAAAGUCCAUGAGGAGAAUACUACUAUUGAAGAACUAGAAGCUUUGGGAGAAUCCUUAGGAAGGGGUGAUGAUCACUAUGAUAUGGACAUCAUAACAAAGUUCUUGAAGUUUCUUCUUGGAGUCUGGGCUAAGGAGCUGAAUGCCAGAGAAGACUAUGUGAAACGGGGAGUCCAGGGGAAGCUGAACAGUGCCACUCAGAAGCAGACAGAAUCGUACCUGAGGCCACUCUUCAGGAAACUUCGGAAAAGGACGCUUCCUGCAGACAUCAAAGAAUCAAUAACAGAUAUUAUUAAAUUCAUGUUGCAAAGAGAAUAUGUCAAGGCAAAUGAUGCCUACCUUCAGAUGGCAAUUGGGAAUGCUCCCUGGCCUAUUGGGGUCACUAUGGUUGGCAUCCACGCUCGGACGGGGCGUGAAAAGAUCUUCUCCAAGCACGUGGCCCACGUCCUCAAUGAUGAGACUCAGAGGAAGUACAUUCAGGGGCUGAAGAGGCUCAUGACCAUUUGCCAGAAGCACUUCCCCACAGACCCAUCGAAAUGUGUGGAGUACAACGCGUUGUGAGGCUCUGCAGCAGCCAGAGCUGCCUCAUCUUUUGAUCUCCAGGACCCUGGGAGGACUGAAGACAAGAGUUUGUGCUUUAAUACUCACAGGAACCUAGGGUGGGCUUUGGGAAAAAAGCAUAAAGCAGCAGAUUUUCUACAGCUUCCCUUUACAAGCCCCAUUUCUUCAGAUUUAUUUUAAAAUCUGUGCUUCAUGCUGAACACAGCAGAGGGGGGUGGGGUCUAGAGGGGAAGUGUGACCAGGACAAUGACCAAGAGACAAUGAACAUGUCCCAUGCUUUUAUUUCAGUUUGUUAUUCAGGGAACCAUACAGCCUGAACUGUUUCCCAGAUCUUAGAGCUUUAGAGGAGAUUCAGCCCUGCAAGGAACGUGUGUGGAGUUUUUUUGGCUCCUUUCCCAUUGGAGACUGAUGUGGGGAGAUGAUUAGAGGGAAGCAGUUGAAUCUGAAUCUUGGUUAUUUCUGUAAAUAUGAAGACUUUAAUGGCUAAUCUUUCAUGUGGUAUUUAUCAGGAGGGGAAAAAAAAAAAAAGAAAAAGAAAAGGUUUAUAUAUUUCUCAGCUGAAAAAUACAGCCAGUCUUGGUGCAAAGAGUUUUUGAUCUUGAA